UGCCGCCGCUGCCGCCGCUAGCGGCGGCGGUGGCGAACGCGAGCGCGGCAAGAGUCAGGAAGGAGCCACCACGGUGGAACAGCAAUGGGACGAGCCGCUGUUCGACCCCCGGGAGAUGGGGAGCAUCAUCCCGACGGAUAGCAAGAAGCCCUUCGACGUGCGAAAGGUUAUUGCCCGCCUGGUCGAUGGGAGCCGUUUCCACGAGUUCAAGGAGCGCUACGGCACCACGGUGGUAACCGGAUUCGGGCACCUGUACGGACAAAGCGUAGGGAUCGUCGCCAACAACGGUGUGCUUUUCUCGGAGUCGGCUUUGAAGGCAGCUCAUUUCGUGGAGCUGUGCUGCCAGAGGGGCAUCCCGAUCAUCUUCCUGCAGAACAUCACGGGGUUCAUGGUCGGCAAGCGAUACGAGCACCAAGGCAUCGCGAAGGACGGGGCCAAGCUCGUGGCAGCCGUUUCCUGCGCCAAGGUCCCAAAGAUAACCUGCGUCAUCGGCGGGAGCUACGGGGCGGGGAACUACGGCAUGUGCGGCAGGGCCUACUCGCCGCGCUUCCUCUUCAUGUGGCCUAACGCACGCAUCUCCGUGAUGGGGGGAGAGCAGGCGGCGAAUGUGUUAGCCCAGGUGGAAAAAGACAAGCGCCAGAGGCGUGGAGAGACCCUCGGAGAGGAGGAAGAGGCGAAGAUCAAGGACCCGAUACUCAACAAGUUCGAGCGAGAGAGCUCCCCGUACUACUCGAGCUCGCGCCUCUGGGACGACGGCGUGAUAGACCCGGCCGACACUCGGAAGGUGCUCGGGCUCACCCUGCACGUGGCGACGAAAGACGCGGCUCCGCGCACGUCGUUCGGGGUGUUCCGGAUGUAGUUUUAAUCAUGCCUCCGUCCGAUCGAAGGUGAGGAGAGAUUUAUCUAUGCACGGCGUGCUUCGAUGGAGCAGGUUCGACGUCCUUCCCGUGAGAAGUUGUUCUGGGUUGAGGAGCAGCGCGCCAUUCGUCAUGAUGGAGAAUCGGGAACGGUUUGUUAAAAGUGUGAGUUGAGGGCUUCGCUAGAGGAUGUAGCCUUACCUCUUUUGUAUUUUGUGUUGUGAUGUUCGGGUUAACAGCCGCUCUAUACCUCGUGUGGCCAAACAAGACUCCGGGUUUGUUCCGUUAGAGUGUGGUUUGUUACAAAAUCGUUUUCGUUUUAUGCGGGGUCGAGGAGUUGAUAGUCCGUUUCCGAUUUCGCCGUUGAAAAGGCUUCGGGUGUGACGGUGUUCAGGGUGUCCUCAUGGACGUUGAUGGGAAUUGGAAUGUGCGUGGGGAACCUCGUAGCAAAUACUCUCUUGCUGAGACAUGCUCCCGUGGUGAGGAUGGUUUGAUAGGUCGCUAGUCGUAGUAUUAUUUCUUCGAUUCGAUGGAAGUGUCAAUAUUCGACGCUCUCUAUCGCACGGCUCAAUAUUUUGGCACUUUCUCACGAGUUUCGGCCACUUUUUUUUCGCAUACGUGCCGUGCAGGAUGUUGCUACCUGCUUCAGUUUCCCUUCGAAGCUUCUCUGUCUGCAGGAAACUCUGCUCGGAAAUAAAUGCGGUUAGGUUUGGCUUGGUGUGAAUUCCGUGAGUAGAUCGAGGUUGUGGAUUGCCUCCAGUUGGAACGACACCGACAUGACAUUCAAGGUCCUACAUAGG